AUGAACAGGCAUUACGCCUCUCCGAAGGGCUACUCGGCCUACCCCCGGGGGCCCAGCGCCUUCUCUAUCUCGCCCAACCGGUACGUGAAACGGUCACGCGCACAUGGCUGGAUGGCAGCGGCCGAUCCAAUCGCCCAGAUAUACAUGGACACUAACAGUCUUGGUCCGAACGACAGCUUCCAGCCUCGCUCCCAACCCGCCCUCCGCCGACGACGUCAGCUCUUCCAACGGCUCAUCCUACUCGGUGGGGUAUCACUCCUGCUAGUGUUCUUCCUCUUUCCCUCCUGGCGCGCCGCGAUUAUCCCAACCCUAUCCCUCGGCCUCCUUCACCCCUCGGAGGACCUCCAGCUCCAAACCGUCCGGUACUAUGACCUCUCUGAAGUACAAGGCACCGAGAAGGGCUGGGAGCGCGGAGAACGUGUCCUCAUGCUCACGCCGCUGCGCGAUGCCGCCUCCCACCUCCCUAUGUUCUUCUCGCACCUCCGCAACCUCACAUACCCGCACAACCUGAUCGACCUGGCGUUCCUGGUGUCCGACUCGCGCGAUGAUACGCUGGGCAUGCUCUCCCGCAUGCUGCAGGAGGUGCAGAAUGACCCGGACUCGACGAUGAACUUCGGAGAGAUCUCCGUCAUCCAGAAGGACUUUGGACAGAAGGUGCAGCAGGACGUGGAGAGCCGGCAUGGAUUCGAGGCCCAGGCGAGCCGGCGGAAGUUGAUGGCCCAGGCCAGAAAUUGGCUGCUGAGCGCUACGCUGCGUCCCACCCAUAGCUGGGUCUACUGGCGAGAUGCAGAUGUGGAAACGGCGCCGUUUACGAUCAUCGAGGAUCUGAUGCGGCACAACAAGGAUGUUACCGUGCCAAAUGUGUGGAGGCCGCUUCCAGAUUGGCUGGGUGGAGAACAACCGUACGAUUUGAACUCCUGGCAGGAAUCGGAAACCGCAUUGGCUCUCGCAGAUACUCUGGAUGAGGACGCGGUUAUAGUGGAGGGAUAUGCUGAGUAUGCCACAUGGCGACCUCACCUCGCCUACCUCCGCGAUCCGUACGGAGACCCCGAUAUGGAGAUGGAGCUGGACGGCAUUGGCGGUGUCAGUAUUCUGGCCAAGGCUCGAGUGUUCCGCGCCGGUGUCCAUUUCCCAGCCUUUAGCUUUGAAAAGCAUGCUGAGACCGAGGGCUUUGGCAAGAUGGCCAAACGGAUGAAGUUCUCCGUGAUCGGGUUGCCACACUACACCAUCUGGCACUUAUACGAGCCCAGCGUGGAUGACCUGCGCCACAUGGAGGAAAUGGAGCUGGAGCGCCAGAUGCGCGAGGACGAGGAACGCCAACGCGAACUCGAAGAACAGAAAGAGAGCAGCAAGUCCAAGUCCCACAUUUCUGCGGACGGCUCCGACAAGGGCUCCGACGAGGGUCCCGCUGCCCAGCCUGUCAAGGACUCUGCCAAGGGUUCUUCCAAUCUUUAG